CGAAGAGGGAGGAGUUUUCCAACUUUCACACUGGAACGACCAUUCAGAGAACGACAGCAAUGAGCUCUUUCGAAUUCUCUGAUCCAAGGGGUGGAGGGUAAAGUGUUUCACAGAUAUUUUAUUGGCAAUUGACAGAAUAGGAUUAUACCUCUUAUCAAGAUGAUGCGCUUCCUAUUGCUCUUCAGUCGCCAGGGAAAGCUGCGGCUGCAGAAGUGGUUUGUGACCAUAGCGGAGCGCGAGAAGAAAAAGGUCAUCCGAGACAUGACCUCCAUGGUGCUGGCACGGAAGCCACGCUCCUGCAACUUCCUCCACUGGAGAGACCUGAAGAUUGUUUACAAGAGGUAUGCCAGUCUGUAUUUCUGCAUCGGUCUGGAAGACCAGGAGAAUGAGCUGCUAGGCCUGGAAGUGCUGCAUCGCUACGUGGAGCUGCUGGACCAGUACUUUGGCAGCGUGUGUGAGCUAGACAUAAUCUUCAACUUUGAGAAGGCCUACUUCAUCCUCGAUGAGUUCCUGAUGGGCGGGGAGAUCCAGGAGACAUCCAAGCAGAUAGUGGCUCGCGCCAUCGAAUCCUCAGACAUGCUGCAAGAGGUGGACAGCAGUGACAGUGAUUGGGUUGAGGUGGAGCUGUUUGGAUGGCCUUGAGUGUGGACAGCAAGACAAUGGAGGAGUACAUGAGCAAACCUGCUUUUUAGGACAGACGGGAAUAAAGCCAUCCGCAUCACAACAAAGGGAAUGACGUUCAAACAUCACAGUUUUUAGCAAUAUAAUGAAUUUUCUUCAGAAGAAUGCAAUUUGUGAAUGAGGUACAUGCGUCUAUGCAUUGUCUUGGCCACGAGUACUGAAUAUGUUGCUCUGGUACAUGCCUGUAGUCUUUUGAAGGAAUAUAGAAGAAAGUAAUGCUGGGGAUUUAACAUUGUCUGAAGGAGAUAAAGAAACAUGAAGAUAUUAUAUGUUGACUUCCAUUGCUGUUAUUUAGAAGUGCUUUUAAAUGUUUUUAAUAGACUUUGUUUAUGAAUGCCAAGUGGUAGCUAUUUAUAAUGCCCCCCAAAAUGAAUGAGUGCUUUAGUGUGUUGUGUGGGCUUGGUUAGAUGUUUGUAAGAGUGGUUAGCAGGCACUUGUCUUUUAAAGGCAUAUCAGUGCAAAUGUUUCAUUACAAAAUCAAAAAUUGUUACGUUUAAAAAGUGUCAAUAAAAAAUAAUAUUUUGAUAUCUAA